CCUCGCCUGGCGAGUGGCAGACCGAGCCCGCGAUGAAGCGAUGCCAAUACACUCGUUGUGUCCACACGAAUACUUAGGAUUGCACUUCAAGUACCCCCAUUCCCAAGCCCAGUCACUACUGCUACCAUGCCGUUGCUGGACCCGCUCUCUACCGUCAUAGCUUCGUUGAAGCGAGAGUCCAUUAUUCCCGACGUUCUGCCUGAGGAUUUCUAUCCUUCGAGUCUCUUUUCAAUAGUGUGGCCCAAUGGCAAGGAAGCAGUACUAGGCAAUGAGCUGACCAGGGAGGACACUCUGGAUGAACCCUCUAUCAACUUCGCACCGAUGAACGUCCCUCCGGAGCAAGCAGACAGUUCAGGCGAGGCAGGCAGCGUCAGGGAUCUGACCUACACGGUCGUCAUGUUUGAUCCCGAUGCCCCAUCGAAAGCUGAUCCCAAGUUCAAGUGCUUCCGGCACUGGGUGAUCACUGGCUUGAAAGCGCCACCGCAGACCAGUCUUCAAUCUGACAACCUGCUGGCUACGAAGACCAAGCCAGCCACGACCCCGUACAGGCCUCCCGGGCCUCCUCCAGGAACUGGACUCCACCGUUACAUCUUUCUCUUGUUCCAGGAACCUGCGUCAGUCCCAAUCGAGAUACCUCAGGGCGAGCCUGAGUACGGCGCGACUCUAGAAGAAAGGCGGAGUUGGAACGCUAUCGAUUUCGCACAGAAGUAUGGCCUGGUACUAGUCGGAGCCAAUUUCUUCAUCUGCAGGUCCACAGAGUAAGGC